GUUUUCUGAAAAAAGAAUGAUUUUUUUUAUUUGUGCAUUCUCAUGUUUAAUGACGGAUUGAUCCUAUUUACAUUCAUUUGAAGAUGAUAUUAAUAUUAAUUGAUGAUACGAAUCAUGAUGAUAAGUUAUAACCCAAAGAUUUAAUGGAACCAUGCAGUAUUCUGAACCACAGCCAGGAACAAGCCAGGACUUCCAGUCUGAUGAAUUUGUCAAUGAUGAAACUGAUAGUGAAGAUGGUAUAAUUCCAAGAAAGAUUCCAAAUCAGAAUGUUGUUUUGCGAUUGCGGGAUCGUGAGAUCCACAACGCGAAAAGAUGUACACACUACCAUGUAGCUAGAAAAUUUCACACUAAUGUGUUUCCAAAUUUUACUGUGGUGAAUGUAGAGAAACCACCUUGCUUCAUGAGGAAGUUUUCACCAGAUGGACGCUUUUUUGUCGCAUUCUCUUCUGACCAAACAUCCCUUGAGAUUUUUGAGUUCCAAGGUGCGUCAGCAGCUGAGGAAUUGCUUCAGGAUGUAACUGCGGAUUACAUUCCAAAUGGUGGGGAUAGACAAUUCCAGGCAAUCCAAAUUGCAUUAUUCGACAAAUUUUUCCAGAAGAUUCACACUACAAAUGUAGCCUCAAAUGGUGAACAUUUAAACAGGGAAUGUAGCCUAUUCACUGACGAUGGCCACUAUGUAAUUGUGGGGUCUGCUGCCUAUGUACCUGAAAAUCCCUAUCCUCAGUUUUUCCAGAUGUACAAGAACAAUGAAUCAGUAUCCCCUAAUCCAAGAUCCCCUCUGGAGGAUUACACAUUACAUUUAGUUGAUCUCCGGACUGGAAAACUUUGCGAUAGUCGAGAGUUCAAGUGUGACAAAAUAUUCCUGUCGCAUAAUCAAGGGCUGUAUUUAUACAGAGACACAUUGGCUGUUCUAUCAGUCCAGCAACAGACGAUACAUAUUUAUCAAGUAAAACAGGAUGGCUCAUUCAUAGAUGUCAGGUCAAUUGGGCGAUUUUGUUACGAUGAUGAUGAACUUGCUGUAUCUUCCGUCCAACAACAACGCCAACAGCAAGCCACAAAAGGUCAUCACUCUUCCACUCUCGUAAAACCGUUCCAUGAAGCGAGCAUAAACUCUCUAAAACACAGACUUUUAGUGCAUUUAUACAAGAGGGCAGCUUCUGAAGGAACACCGAAAGCUCUCAGAAAGUUCUACCAAUAUUUUGAUCAGUUUCGAGCAUUACGCAUGUGGAAAAUGCAACUCUUAGAUGAGUCGCACGUCAUGAUCAAAUACGCAAGUGAAGAUGUUGUAACUCUGAAAAUAUCUGAUCCUAAUUCGCAGCCAUCAUUCUUUGUUAUUUACAAUAUGAAAUCCACAGAUGUUGUGGCCAUCUAUGAGAAUACAUCCUAUGACUUAUUAUCAGUGUUUGAACAGUUUUGUGAUAUGUUCAGGAAUGCAACCUUACAUUGUGAGGCCCAGUUCCCCUGCUCACAAUCUUCAAGUAUUUACGCAAGACAGAUACAACAGCGAUCCAAACAAACAAUAAUCAAUGCCAAAUUUGGAGGUGAAACGGAGGCUGUACGUCGUCUCCUCGCCCAGCUACCAAUCAGUGCCCAGUCUUACAGCAGUAGUCCAUAUUUGGACUUAGCAUUAUUCAGCUAUGAUGAUAGAUGGCUCUCAUUACUUGAAAGACCUAAGGCAUGUGGUGACCAUCCUAUUAGGUUCUAUGCCAGGGAUUCUGGGCUACUGAAGUUUAAGAUCCAUGCUGGUAUGGCAAGUCGCAACCCCAGUGCAUCUGCUAGACGUCUUGUAGCAUUCACAUUCCAUCCAUUUGAACCCUUUGCAAUCUCUGUUCAGAGAACUAAUGCUGAAUAUGUGGUGAACUUUCACAUAAGGCACAUAAAUGUGUGACACCAUGAAUUUUCACAUAUGGCACACAAAUGUAUGACAGGC